AUGAGUCAGCUGAGUGAUAUUCUUAACACGGCUCAAAUUACGAAAUACUAUGAGUUACUUCAGUUUAUUUCGUCGCACGCAAACGUCGAGUAUACUCUCGCUCAGCUUGACUACUUAAUACCACGCGGAGCAUCGCUACAGCGCUUUCCUGAAGCAUGGGUUGAAUACAUGAAGAUGGGACUCUGCAGCAACCAGAGUAUUGAGGUGUACUACCGUUCAGCUGAUUGCCUCGCCUUGGCUUCUAGUGGAGAAAGCAGCGGAGGUGAAAGGACCAAGGAGCACCUUGUUCUUAUUUGCCGACGACCGGAGAUACACAGAUUGAAAGAGCUCUCAGCAUUGCUACAGUCGUGUUCCACCUUGCCUGACACGGAAGGUUGUAUAGCUCUUCACACGGAUCAAGUCAUUCUGCAUGAGAGACUUCUGAAAGAGUCGCAGAGGCAAGGAUUGCUGUAUUAUUUUCCGGAUAACUAUGCCAAAAUACGUGAUCAUCGGGGAGCAAAAGUGAAACGUGGAGUUUCCAGCAGCGGUGAGGCGAUGAACGUUUUUCUCCGCGAUGAGGAAGCCGAGUCUCUUCUUGGCGGCGAAGGCCCAACAGGUCGACUGGAGCUGCCUGUUGGUGUAACUGCCCAAUUCAUGCUCUAUACACGACGUGGGGUGCCUGUGAGAGGGAAGAAUGACUUUCCCAUUCGCCUGAACACAGGUGAGCGUGUAAUGGUGAUCUUUGACAAGACUGCUGUUUCAGGUCAGGACACCUCUCCGUCGGAAAGACCUCCAGUCGUGAGAGUAUCGUUGGGCCAACCCUCCGGCAGUAGUGGUGGAGUUCUGCCGCUUGAGGUGCGAGUAAAGGCAUCGGCGGGUUCGGGAGGCAAUAGGCGUAGCUUCAUGGAUAUUCGAGCGCAUACAAGAGGUAAAGUGACUCUGUCUCUCUUUGUGGAUGAUAGAGAAACCAUUCUUCCUGUAGAGGUUCUGGAUGAGAUCGGGGCAAUGCCUGGAGUGAUGAUUGGACGAGAGACGUACCCAACAGUCCCCCUGCCGGAUGCCAUUCGCAUAAGCGACCCCGCGCUGUGGAGCAGCGCGGUCGGCGAAGAAGAAACAAAUGGUGUGAGACAAGAGGGAAAUGCGAGUAAUAUCAUAGUGAAUAGUGACAGUGGUGGUGGAAAUGGCAGCAACAAUGGUAGGCAAGCACGUCGGGCGCUUUCUUGGUGGCUGAACCCAUCCCCUUCUAUUCUUCAGGUGCGUGAUAUUACUCUGCCUGACAGCGAAACUAUGACGGCCGCGUCACAAGCUAUUUGGAUUCCCCACCAAGCCGAUGAAACUGCCAUGAAAGCUGUACGAAAUGCACUGCGAGACCAGCAUGCAGCAGAGGCCACACGACGGAGUCGUCGGAAACGCAACCGAAAUCGUGACCUGCGAAAUUGCCACAUGGUCCAUUUUGGAUUUGAUGCGUCCGUGGCGUUUGGUGGCGAACCGCAGGACCGCUGA